GGAGCAGCUGUAAAACGCAGCCUGAUCUUCCUGAUCUUUAGUGAUUAUAUAAAUAUAAUUAUUAUUAUUAUUUAUUCUUUAUUUGUAUUAGAGAGAAUGUUUAAGAGAAAACUAACAGCUCUAGAUUAUCACAAUCCUGCUGGAUUUGAUAGUUCAGAUGAAACAGAAUUCAGAAAUUUCAUCGUCUGGCUGGAGGAUCAGAAGGUCAGACAUUAUAAGAUCGAGGAUCGUGGGAACCUGAGGAACACCUCCAGCUCCGAGUGGCCGAAGUCCUUCGAAAAGUAUUUACAGGACGUGAGCUGCCCGUUCAGCGCCAGUGAGAGAUGCGAGACCAUCGACUGGCUGCUGGGACUCGCCGUUCGCUUCGAAUACUCAGAUAACGUGGAGAAGUACAGGAAGUGCGAACCCGCGGCCGAGGUGAACAACGCGGCGCAGAAGCCGGCCGAUUCUCUCAUCAACCUCGACAGUAACGAUCCCGAUUUUAAGGCGGGCGUGGCGGCCCUGGCCAACCUCCUGAAAAUCCAGAGGCACGACGAUUACCUGGUGAUGCUGAAGGCCAUCAGGAUCCUGAUCCAGGAGCGUCUGACGCCUGAAGCCAUCGCGAGAGCCAGCAAGGCUAAAGAGGGUUUGCCGGUGGCUUUGGACAAACACAUACUGGGAUUCGACACGGGAGAUGCCACCCUGAACGAGGCGGCGCGGAUCCUCCGCCUGCUGCACAUCGAGGAGCUGCGGGAGCUGCAGACCCGGAUUAACGAGGCCAUCGUGGCCGUGCAGGCCAUCAUCGCCGACCCCAAAACCGACCACCGCCUGGGCAAGGUGGGCAGAUGAUGCGCCGCCGUGCGGUCGGGACGUGAAGACGUUUCGUUUUGUUUGUUUACUUUUGGACGGAGGUGAUUAGUGCUGCUCUCGUGAGGACGUUUGGGUUUGAUUUGUUAUUUUGGGCGUCUCCGUGACCCCUGAACUGUUUCACCAGGAAGUUAAAGGAAUGAAACGAAUGAUUUUCUCUCCGUUCUGUCACAUUUACGUUCGGUUUUGAUUUAAAAAGGUGAAUGAAAUUCAGUUCUGUUUGUGCUCAUGAAUAAAAUACAUUCAGCAUCAAAA